AACAGUAUUUUUUUUACCUAUUACUGAAACUUUAAUAUCUAUAGUGCAAUGCGAAGAUUUAAAUGGGUAACAGGUACUCUAAAUAUUUCCUGAUGAUGUACUUUGUUGGUAAGGUUGGCAUUUAGUUCAUGCAUUAAUUUCUAGUAUGUUUAAUUUAAUAUUUAUGACUUUUUCAACAAUAGUUGCUUUGACAUAUUUCGAGCCUAAAAUGACAUCUGGUAAUAGAACUGCUAGAUAAAAUAGUAGAGGAGAGGUUGUAUUUAUAUUAAACAAAGUUGUUUGUUAGAUUCUUUUUUCAUUCCUAACUUAAGGUAAUGAUUGGUUUUUUGUACUAUUGUUAUUUUUCCUUUCUCUUGGGCUACAUUCUGUAUAUAAUAUGGGAGAUCCUUAUUAUGAUGAAGAAGUUGGAAAAUUCUAUAAAGUCGUAACUACUUAUUAUUUAUGGACUAAUUUUAAUUUACUUUUAAGUUAAAUAUUAUCCGGCACUUCUUUUAAUGGAGGUCUUAUAUCUUGGCUUAUUGGAUUACCUUUUAUUGUUCUUAUCAUGAUUACUGAAAAAAAAAGCAGAAUAGAUACACUUAUCAGAUCUUAAAUGAAAUUUAGAAGCGGCGAAUAGAUUUAAGGGCAUUUAAGAUACAUAUUGUAACUUAUUGGUGACUAAAAAAAAGAUAAAAAUGCUUAUAUGUUACUUAUAGGAUAUGUAGAAAAACAUAAGGAAAUUUGUCAAGAAGAAGAUUGCCCUUUAAAAUAAAAAAAAUAAAAAAGAAAAAAUGUCUAAGAAAACGAAAUGGAAGAAACUUGUUUAAAUUUAUUAAAAGAAAUCGAUAGAAUGUAUUAAAAUGGACUAAAAAAGUUCCCUUCUUGUACAAGUCUAAGAAUAUCUUAUGCUUUCUUUUUAAUGGAACGAAUGAAAAAUAAAAGAGAUAAAUCUUAUUAAUAAUUUAAAAUUGCAGAAACAAGUAAACCUUCUUUUGAUUAGUAAUUUAUUAUAUACAGAUAUAAAAAAAUUAUGGAUGAAAACCUAGAUUAAAUAGAAAACGAGAGUUCAGAAAAUGAUAUAGUAAAACUAAUUGCCUUUGAUUCCCAUCUCUAAUAAUGUGAAGAAUAUAUGAAAAUUUCUGCACAGAUGCAUAAAGAGUUUUGGGCUGAAUUAAAAGAGGAAAAUCCUGCUUUGUCAAAAUUGAAUAUAAUAGGUUCUAGAAUUAGUUAAACAGUUCAUGAAGCUAGAUCUCAUUACAAUGAUAUUCAAAAAAUAAAUCCUCGAGUAUUUUAGACUAUAAAAGUAUUUGGAAAAUUCUUAAUAAACGUUCUAAAUGAUAAAGAAAACGGUUUAUAACUACUUGAAAAAGCAAAAUAAAUAUCAUAAUAAGAAGAAUAAAAUGAAGAUAAAAACAAUGAAGGAAUUAAUGAAGAUUACAAAAGUGAGCCUGUAGCAUAUUCCGUAAUAACAAACAAAAAAGGAGAAUAUGGCUAUAUAUAAAGCAUAAACCUUCUUUUUUGUAUUUUAUUCGGAUAUUAAAAAGAAGAGUUAAUCGGCAAGAAAAUAUAAAUGAUAAUUCCAAAUUUAUAUUAGUAAAUUCACGAAACUUUACUUUAAAGAUUUUACGAAAAUAUAACUUUAGGAAUAUUCGAAUCUAAUUAUAUUGGUAUAGAUUAAUAUAAAUUCGGCAGAAAUAAAAAUGGAUAUAUAUUCCCUAUUUUUUAUAGAGUAAAUCUAUUAUUGGAAGACGGUUAUACUUUUAUUGUUAAUUACAAAGUGGAUAAAUUCAUUAAGAAUACAUUCUUUUUAUUAACCGAUCAAUAAGGAAUUAUUACUGAUAUUUCUACAUCUGUUAUUCUAAAUUUUGACAUGGAUUAUUAAAUGAUUAAAAAAAACAAUAUAGAUAUAGAAAGUAUAAUUCCUGAUUGGAAAACAUAGAAUUAAUUUAAAGAAAGAAAUGGUAAAUAAUUCACAUAUUUAACUAACUCUCAUAAAGAAGUCGUUUAUAACUGCACUAUAUAUUAAAUCUGGUUGUGUAUUAAUUUUUUAGAAGAAGAAAUAGAAGAGAAUAUACAUAAAAACGAUAUUAUUGGUUUCACUUUUAAAUUCGAUAAAAUAGAAAAGCCGACUUAAGAAGCUAAAGAAAAUACUAAUAACAUAAAUUAUUUAAAUUUGCAUUAGAAAAAGGUUUAAGAAAAUCCACAAAAAUAAAAUAAUACUCCUCUUGUAAGGCCUAAAAAUACAAAUAAACAAAUCGAUAGUUCUCCUAAUGCAUUAAACAUUAGUUAUUCUUUAAAAUAGAAGCAAUUAUUUGGUAAAUAAAUUAUUUAGGAUUAAUUGGAUUAUUCCAUAAAUAAUAAUAAUAAUAAUCAAAGUGUUGAUGAUUUUAUUAUUUAAGCACCUGCUCAUAUUACUUAGAUGGUUAUUAAUAUGUAUAAAAAAUCGGAAAGUAAUCAUGAAGAUAGUGAUAAUUUAAGAACAGAUGAUUAAUAAUCAGAAGUUAUUUAUGUUAACCUAAAUUAAUAUGAUAUGGGAAUAAGGACUAAAAGAUUAAUUAAUAAUAGAAUUGUAAAUAUUUUAGAAGAUGAUGAGGCUGUAAUUUCUGAAGAUGAUCAAGAAAAUAGCGUUUUUUUUAAUUAAAUUGGAGAUAAAUAUGAAGAUGCUGAAGAUUAUCAUAUAUUUAACUAAACUAAUUCUAUAUAAAUCAUAAGAAAAGCAUUAAGUACAAAUCAUAAUCAUAGUUCUGUUAUCGCAUUUAAAAAAACAAGCUUAACAUGGAUAUUACUUAUAAUAGCAUUAAUAAUAUUUUAAUAUGUAUUUUCAUAUAAUAGAAUGAAAUAAUAUUAACUAUCAUUACCAGUAAUAAAGAAAAUAAAUAAUAGAUUAGUAGAUGAAAACGAAAUAGUAUCAAAAAUAAUAGAUUUGAUAAAUUUAUAAAUGUACCCUUAGUUAAGAAAUAUAAAAAAUGAAUAAAAAAUUCGGGAAGAUAUAGGUAAAAUAAUUGAUGAUAUAAAUUCUAUAAACUCUGAAUUAGGAAAUGAAAAAUAUCUUUCAUAUUUUUAAGAUUUUGAAAUUAAAACUAUAAAAAUGCGUGUUUUUAAAUACAAAAAUGCCAUUUAUAUAGAAAAAGAUAUUGAUUUAUAAAACGCAAUUAUUGUUUUUGCGUCUUUAAGUGAAAAAAUAGGUAAAAUAAAAACCGAAGAAAUUAGUUUAGAAAAUGAAUUCGUAAAUACUAUCUUAUUUAAUUUUUAUAAUUAAUUAAAUGAAGUUUUAAUCAAAUAAUUAGAUCACGUUUUUUCUUUUGUUUCUUAUGAAAUAAACUAACUUGAAAUAGAACUUAUUCUUGCACUUGUAAUAAUUAUUAUUAUUACAUUAUUUGCUAUUUUUUUCUUUAUUUUUCUCACUUUGAUAAUUAAAUCUUAGAGAGAAAGCAUACUUUUCCUUUUUUUGGAUAUUCCUUAAAAACAUGUCUUUUAUUUAUAUAAGCAUUGUGAAAAGUUCUUGGAUUCUUAUAUUUCAAUUAAAGAACUUAUGUCAAAAGUUUAAAAUAAAGGAUUAUAAGAUUCUUCAGAAGAUGAAGAAGAUGAUCUCGAAGAUCAAUAUAUAGAACAAGAAAUGAAAAAUAAUAAUAAAAAAGACAAAAACGAUGAUGAAAACGAGGAAAGUUAAGAAGAACAAAAAAAGAAGAGAAAAAAAAUUAUUAAUAAGUAUAAAUAAAAUAAAUAUCAAGGAAGUUAAUUUUUAAUAAUUAAAUAUAUUUUAAUACUGAUAGUUACUCUUAUUUAUAGUAUAGUUAAUAUAUGGAGUAUUUUUGAUCAAAAACGAUAAAUACUUUUCUUACUUCCUUAAUUUCAUUAAAAUAAUUAAUUAUCCAACUUAUUUUCUUAUUAUCUAAAUACUUAAAAAAUAAUGUUAAUUAAUGAAAAUUACACUGUCAAUGGAUCUUUUGCUGUUUCUUAAGCUUUUGAUAAUCUUAAAAACUUAUUAGGAAAUACAGGAAAAUUAAGAAGAUUUAAUCUUGAAAUAUUAAAUCAAUUACCUGAAUUUAGAGAUUAAUAUAUUUUAGUCUUUUAUGGUAAUGGUUGUUAGUUUUUAACAGAAAUAACUUAAUGUGAAACUAUUAUUGAUGGAAAUUUAAAAUUAGGUAUUAAUAACGUUAUUUAACAUUAUUUUAAUGUUUUCUAAGAAAAUCUUAAUAAAUACUAUGAAAUCGAUAAGUAUUAAAUUAUAUCUAGUAAAUAAUUUAUUGAAUUAUAAGAUUCUUUGUAUUCUAAUUUUAGGAAUAUAGUUGAUUACUUACUUGAGUAUGAAGUUAAACUUAUAUUUGAUGGCAUUGAAUCUACUAUUAAUAUUCAAAGUUUAUUAGUUGCCUUGUUUGCCUUAAUGAUGUUUACCUCAUUUAUUUUAUUUUGGAACCCUUCUAUUAAUAAUAUGAGACUUUAACUAAACUAAACUAUAGAAAUGCUUAAUAUGAUGCCUAUUAAAGUUAUAAAAGAGAAUGUUAAUAUUAGAAGAUUUGUAAAAGCCUUAAUUAAAUAAAUGGAUAAAAAAUGA